CACUCAACUCUUUCCUUGUGCUGCUGCAAAAGCUACGCUUAAGCCUUUUUACUGAGGUUUUCAGCGGCUUUUUGUCACAAUGGUGCUUCAAAACGAUAUUGAUUUGCUGAAUCCUCCUGCUGAAUUGGAGAAGAGAAAGCACAAGCUUAAGCGUCUUGUUCAAUCACCAAAUUCGUUCUUCAUGGAUGUCAAGUGCCAGGGCUGCUUCAACAUAACAACUGUGUUUAGCCACUCCCAGACAGUUGUAGUAUGUGGUAACUGCCAGACUGUGUUGUGCCAACCAACGGGUGGACGGGCGAGGUUAACCGAAGGGUGCUCUUUUAGGAAGAAGGGAGAUUGAAUGGUGUAGUAUAGUAGUAACCAGACUUUUUCUUUGUCCAUGAUUGAAGAGUUUUGGUUGUUAGGUUUUUGAUAUGGAAUCAAUUUUAGUUAUGAAAUCAAUUUUAGUUAUGACAUAUAAAAUUUUGUUAAAUUGUGAGACUGUAUCUCCCAAUCUUGAGUUUCUCUUUAGUGAAGAUGAUGAUGUGGUUUUGUUGGAUAAUGGAUAUUUAUUUUUGCAACAAUUUUCUUCACUGGAGUGGAUAUGGGCUACUUUUGUUGUUGUUGAUGUA